UGAGUAUUUGUUUCAUGUAAACGUACAAUAACUGUGAUCAGAUAGAAAUAAUUGAUACUAUAUAUUGUGACAAAACUUUUAUUUUCAAAAUAUUGACUAUUUUAUAUCAUUUUGAAAAGAAAAGUAUAUAAUUAUUUAAUAACAGAUGCCAAGCGUCAAAGAUGAAUCUGAAGCAGAAGGAGAAGAAAUGUCUCAUGACAGUAAUGAAAGUAACCAAAGUUCUGCAUCGUGUGAUAGUAGUGCAGAACACACUGACAGUGAUGAUUCUUCAGAGAUGGAUGAAGAUGAAUGUGAAAGGCGACGUAAUGAAUGCAUGGAAAACUUAGUAGAUUUAGAAAGACAAUUUACACUUCUUAAAGAACAGCUUUACCGUGAGAGAAUUACCCAAGUAGAUACAAAAUUAGGAGAAGUUCGAGUAGGAAAAUCUGAAGAAUAUUUAAUACCAUUAGAACGAUUAAAAGAAAAUAUGAAAACAAAGACAGAAGUAGCUGGAAUAUUAAAGCAAUAUAGACUACAAAAUAUCCAAAAUAAAUUUUUAGCAGAAGAACAAGCUGCAUUACAAAAUUUUGAGAGUGAGAAAGAAUUAAUCUGGGACUGCAUUCAUAAUGACUUACAAGAGAAAAUACGUAGAUUGGAGGAAGAUAGAAAUAAUGUUGAUAUUCAUGCUGAUUUAUGGUUAAAUUCUAAUGGUAGAAGACGCAGAAAUCAUACUGAAAGAAGAAGAGCUGUGUCUGUUGCUGGACCUUAUAUUGUUUAUAUGCUUAAUGAUGCAGAUAUUCUUGAAGAUUGGGCAUUAAUAAAAAAAAGUUUAAGUAGUCGUAAAGCUGAAAUAAUAUAAUAUUCUAUACAGAAUAGAUGCAUUUCUCAAAAUACAGCAAUUUUAAUAAUGUUAUCAAAUAAUGUAUCGCCCUUUUAUAGGUAUGAGAUACAUGAAACAUUCAAGCGAUAAAAUUACCUUCAUUUUACAAUAUUGGCACUUUCUUUACAUUUAUAACAUGUAUAAUAUAUAGAGUGCCUUCUUUAAAAUAUUUUGAUCUCUAUAGGUUUA